AUGCAGAAGCCUGAAAUAGAAGAUGAAAAAGAGGAGAAAAUUGUUGGAGUUGGUAUUUUAUUUUGCAGUGAAUGCAACAAUAUGCUUUAUCCUAAAGAGGAUAAAAGGAAUAAACGACUGAUGUAUGCUUGUAGGAACUGUGACUUCAUGAAAAGAGCCGAUAAUCCUUGCAUUUAUGUUAAUCGCCUUGAACAGGAGAUCGAGACCGAGGAACAUCAGUGCGAUGCAUGUGGUAACAACGAAGCUGUCUUCUUUCAGUCCCAAACAAAUAAAGCCGAAGAUAACAUGCGUCUCUACUAUGUCUGUACGAAUGUAAAUUGCCUUCACAAAUGGACUGAGUAG